AUGGAGGCACUAAAACUUCAAAAGAAGUUUCCUGAAGUUACGCGAGAUGAAAUGUUCGAUCUGAUAAAUCGAUUCAAUGCGAUACAUACCGACACACCUGGUCGCGUCGAUAAGUCUGCUGUCCUGCGGUCUCUACAAGCCAGUGGAGAAUCGUAUGAUACUGCGAGAGAAACGCUGAAGCAUGUCAGUGUUGAUGCAAGCGGAAAAGUAGAACUUGAAGAUUUUGUCGAGCUCAAUGUUAAACUGCGGACGCAAGCCAAGUCAGGCAUCUCAGCCAAGGCAGGAAAAGUCACCGUGCAGGGAUCUAAUGCUAAUGUCAGUCACACCCUUAACGAGGAUGAGCGUUCAGAGUUUACGAAUCAUAUCAACCUGGUUAUAGAAAACGACGCUGACAUAGGUUCUCGUUAUCCAAUACCUACAACCACCAUGCAACUAUUCGACGAAUGCAAAGACGGCCUUAUCCUUUGCAAACUCAUCAACGACUCUGUCCCCGAUACCAUCGACACUCGUGUCCUAAAUAAACCAUCCGGGCGCAAGCCCUUGAACGCCUUCCAGAUCACCGAGAACAACAAUAUCGUCAUCACUUCCGCAAAGGCCAUCGGAUGUUCGGUUGUCAAUAUCGGUUCCUCUGAUAUUGCAGAAGGGAGGGAACAUCUUAUCCUUGGACUGAUCUGGCAGAUCAUUCGUAGAGGUCUGCUCGCCCAGGUGGAUAUAAAGCUACACCCAGAGUUGUACCGCCUCUGUGAAGACGGCGAGACAAUUGACGACCUCCUCCGGCUGACGCCUGAUCAGAUCUUGCUGAGAUGGUUUAACUAUCAUCUCAAAGCGGCAGGUUGGAAACGUCGUGUAAACAACUUUAGCAGGGAUGUCUCUGAUGGCGAGAACUAUACCGUCCUGUUACAUCAGCUCCAACCCGCCUCGUGUUCACUUUCUCCAUUACAAACUCCCGAUCUUCGUACCCGAGCUGAGCAAGUCUUACAAAAUGCAGACUCCAUCGGAUGUAGAAAGUAUCUCACUCCUUCAUCCUUGGUUUCCGGUAACCCUCGAUUGAACUUGGCAUUUGUUGCGAACUUGUUCAACACAUACCCAGGGCUCGAGCCGUUGGAUGAGCAGGAAGCAAAGGACUACGGUGUAGUCGAUGACUUCGAUGCAGAAGGAGAGCGUGAAGCGCGUGUGUUUACGCUUUGGCUGAACUCUCUCGGUGUGGAGCCGGGUGUGUUCAACCUCUUCGAGAAUCUCAAAGACGGCUUGAUCAUUAUUCAAGCUUUCGACAAGAUAUUCCCUGGAUCUGUCGUUUGGCGACGUGUUUCCAAACCUAAGGAAGGUGCCGGCCAUGCAUCGUGGGCUCCUUCCGGAGAUGGAGAUGACGAGGAUGUGGACAUUGGUGUAAAACCUAAUCAAAGUACGCUUUCACGGUUCAAGGCUGUGGAGAACACCAACUACGUCGUGGAACUUGGAAAAGGGCAUGGAAUGCAUCUAGUCGGUAUUCAGGGUGCAGACAUAACGGAUGGUCAGAAGACGCUGGUGUUGGGACUUGUGUGGCAGUUAAUGCGAAUGAGCAUCACCAAAACACUCACUUCGCUAUCCAAAUCUUCCGCAUCGGCCGGGCGCCCCAUAUCUGACACCGAAAUGCUCAAAUGGGCUAACGUCACAGCGCAAAAGGGGAAUCCUUCGGUCAAAACCAUUCGAAGUUUUAAAGACCCGUCGAUAACAACUGGCCUAUUCUUCUUGUCGCUAUUAGAGGCAAUCAGACCGGGUAUCGUCGACCCGGCGCUGGUAGUGGACGUUGGUGAAACUGGGGACUUCGAGGAAAGAAGGGCAAACGCAAAAUUGGCAAUCUCCAUUGCACGUAAGAUGAAUGCCUUGAUUUUCUUGGUACCAGAGGAUAUUGUAGAUGUGAGACCACGUUUAGUCAUGACGUUCGUCGGAAGUUUGAUGAGCAUCGCUCAGUAG